ACAAGUUGAACAAGUUGAACAAGUUGAACAAGUUGAACAAGUUGAAUAAAGUUUCAGGACUCAGUUUAUCGAUUGCUCAUUACUAGGUAUUGCCUGGUAGUACUACAGCUCUAGUCAGGCACAAAGGGACCACCGCAUUGUCCCCUGAUUUCCGAUCAACUCUCCACUAUCUUUAACUCCGAGUCCCCAGAAAAAAAAAAUCCCAAUCGACGACUCCCAAAUCAGAAAGUCGCCGCUGCCCUUGCCCUUGCGAAAUUGCAUAUAUCCAUACCCUGACUCUUAACUUCCUAGAGCCAUUUUCUCUCUUUCUUCUUUCUUUAAGCAUUAAACACCCGUGACGGGACUCACUCUUUUUUACUUCUACUUCUCCCUAUCUCCCCCCGUCCGCGGUUUAACGUGAUACCCCAACCAAUUGCGUGUCAAUCUUUAAUCCCUUAAACGAUUUCACUCUCUCAACAUGGAUGUCGUACUCGAAAUCGUCGACACCUACAUAGGCGACUAUAUUUACGCCUGGGCACAUCCGGCGCACCCAACUUCAUACGAAUUUCUAAACAACAACAGUAACUCUACUGAGUUAUUUUCGUCAUCAUGGCAAUACAAGACUGCCAACCCCUAUUUCGAAGUCACUCCCAGCAAAUACGCGUACAUGAGCGCCUGGGAUAGAGAUAAUGUAUAUCGCCAGGCCAUUUCUCUCUACCUGAUCACAUGGAUCUUUGGUUUCCUUCUAUACUUCAUCUUUGCCACGCUAUCUUACGUCUUCGUCUUCGAUAAGAACACAAAGAACCAUCCUAAAUACCUCAAGGACCAGAUGCGCCUUGAGAUACUACAAACGAAUAAGAGUAUGCCAGGAAUGGCCCUACUGACGACCCCCUGCUUCCUCGCUGAGGUUCGCGGUUACACCAAGCUCUAUAGCACGCCUGCCGACGGUCCUGGUCUAUGGUACGAAAUCCUGCAAUAUCCGAUCUUCAUCGUUUUCACGGACGCGUUGAUCUACCUGAUCCAUCGAGGCCUACACCAUCCGAGUGUAUACAAGUACCUCCACAAGCCGCAUCACAAGUGGAUCAUGCCAACCCCGUAUGCCUCGCACGCUUUCCACCCCGUCGACGGUUUUGCUCAGUCCCUUCCUUACCACAUCUUCCCCCUCUUGUUCCCCCUGAACAAGUUCGCGUCUGUCUUCCUCUUCAUCUUCGUCAACUUCUGGACCAUCAUGAUCCACGACGGCGAGUAUGUUGCCGAUAGCCCUGUUAUCAACGGCGCUGCCUGCCACACUAUGCACCACUUGUACUUCAACUACAACUACGGCCAGUACACCACGUUCUGGGACAGGCUGGGCAACAGCUACCGCAAGCCUGACGCCAACCUCUUCCAGAAGGAGCAGAAGAUGAGCGAAGCCCAGUGGAAGAAGCAGGUUGAAGAGACAGAGAAGAUGGUGAAGGAAGUUGAAGGCGUGGAUGACCGCAGCUACGACCCCCACGAGUCCAAGAAGAAGAACUAAGCGUUUAAUCAUUGCUUGGGCAAUUUGGCUCUCGAGCGGUGUCCGCCAAGCGGGCAUGUAAUUACCGAUUGCUGCUCGGUGGACACAGCCGAGAACAUUCGCUUCGUAUCAUACCCCGGUUCGGCAAGUAAGGUCGGUAGGGGUGGUGAAAAUGGAUGAAGAUUUAAUCAGUACCUAGUACUAAUGGGCACGCCGGAAACAUGUACAUAUGGGGGGGGGCGCAGCAUGCCGGGCCAUUAUAAUGACGGCGUUUAGGGUGAUCUCUUCAUUUUUUUUUUGAAGGGAAUUGGUUUUGGCUAAAAUUUCGGCUUAUGCGUCGAAAUUUUUGAGCCGUGUAGACGAAGACGAAGAAGGAAGAGGCGACUCUCGUCCCACAUCAUCGUUGCCUAGACUAAAGCGGACGGAUACAACUACACUUCUAAUGAAUAAAUAAAACCUAAUGUUUUCUAAA